GUUAUCUGUAAUUAUUUAUGAACUAAACAGAACUUCUAGCAAAGAGCUCAGCAGUGGCGGUUCUGCUGGCUGUGGUGUUUGCUGGAAUAUGUACAGCCAUGGCGGUCGUCGCUGCGGUCAAAGGUCAGUCAAAGAGUAUCAGAAUGUUACCGCAGCUGGAUGAUCAAGCUGCCUUCUUCAACCUCUUUACUGCCAUCCCUGUUAUUGUCACUGCUUUUACUUUCCAUUUCAAUGUACAUGCUAUUGGUAUGGAGUUAGGAAAACCUGCAGCAAUGGCUUCUGCAGUUAGAAUAUCUCUAAUACUUUGUGCUCUUAUAUACUUCUCUAUCGGCCUAUUCGGGUACAUUUUAUUCGGGGACUCAAUUGAAGCCGACAUUCUAGUAAACUUCGAUGAAGCAACCGGAUCAACGAUUGGAUCAUUGUUAAAUGACACAGUGCGAUUAAGCUACGCAUUACACUUGAUGCUGGUGUUCCCUUUGCUAAACUUCUCAUUGAGGUCAAACAUUGAUGAACUCCUUUUCCCCAACAAGUCUCUUCUUGUUAAAGACACAAAAAGAUUUCUUUGCCUCACAUUUGUCCUGUUAGCAACAGCUUACCUCAUUGCCAUAGCCAUUCCAAAUAUAUGGUAUUUCUUUCAGUUCAUGGGAUCAACAUCAGCUGUUUGCAUCGCAUUCAUUUUCCCUGGCGCGCUUGCUCUAAGAGAUGUUCAUGGUAUAUCUUCAAGAAAGGACAAGAUAAUUGGAGCUACUAUGAUAAUUCUGGCUCUAAUUACAAGCACUAUUGCAAUCUCCUCCAACCUCUACACUUUAGGAAAUUAGUUAAGAUUCUUUUGUUAGAAUUUAUUGUAUAA